CUGUCAUUCCCGGGCGGAUCGUUUGUUGUCAAGAUGGAGUUCUUACUUGGAAAUCCGUACAGUACUCCCGUGGGCCAGUGUAUAGAGAGGGCAACAGAUGGAGGCCUACAGAAUGAGGACUGGACCCUCAACAUGGAGAUCUGCGAUAUCAUAAAUGAAACCGAUGAAGGGCCAAAAGAUGCUAUGCGGGCGCUGAAGAAGAGACUGAGCGGCAACAAGAACUACAGAGAAGUUAUGCUCGCACUAACCGUAUUGGAGACAUGUGUGAAGAACUGUGGUCACAGGUUUCAUGUCCAGGUGGCCAACAGAGAUUUUAUUGAUGGUGUUUUGGUAAAGAUCAUUUCCCCCAAAGCCAACCCCCCAACGAUCGUACAAGACAAAGUCUUGUCUCUUAUACAGGCCUGGGCUGAUGCCUUCAGGAGUAGUCCUGAUCUAACUGGGGUGGUGCAUAUUUAUGAGGAACUGAAGAGGAAAGGCGUUGAGUUCCCAAUGGCAGACCUGGAUGCACUGUCUCCAAUUCACACACCACAGAGGGGCACACCAGAGGUGGAUCCAGCCAUGGUCAAGUACCUUGCCCCAACCUCACCUGAUCCCACGACUCCUAAACCUGCCUCACCCGUUCCCCCUGCCACACAGGCCCCUGAAAUUCCCAACCCCAUCACAGCAACUCCUGAACAGAUUGCCCGGCUGCGUAGUGAGCUGGACGUAGUGCGAGGAAACGUCAAAGUCAUGUCGGAGAUGCUAACUGAGAUGGUCCCAGGUCAGGAAGAGGCUUCGGACCUAGAACUGCUCCAGGAGCUGAACAGAACAUGCCGAGCUAUGCAGCAGAGAGUGGUCGAGCUGAUUUCGCGCGUCUCUAAUGAGGAAGUGACCGAGGAGCUCCUACACGCAAAUGAUGACCUCAACAACAUUUUCCUCCGAUACGAGAGGUAUGAGAGGUACAGGUCAGGUAGAGCUGCACAGAACAAUGGGAUGUUAACUGAAGCCACAGAGGACAACCUGAUAGACCUGGGCCCAGGAUCCCCAGCUGUGGUAACACCACGGAUCACAUCCAGCCCUCCACCUAGCUCCACUGUUGGAGCCACGGCUUCUCCUGCCCGCAACCCCACUGCAGCAUCGCUAUCCAGUGCUCUAGCUGGACUUGAUGUAGGCUCAGAAAGCGCGAGCGGCACCCCGCCAUCUCAAUCGGCCCAGAACCCGGACGACUUUGACAUGUUCGCACAGACCAGGGGGAGCUCUCUGGCUGAACAGCGCAAAAAUGUAAAAUAUGAAGACCCUCAGGCUCUGGGUGGCCUGGCCUCUGCUUUGGGUGUUAGACAACAGAAUACAGGAGGGAUCCCAGUAUCGCAGUCCUCUGUCAUGGAUGACAUAGAGGAGUGGCUCUGUACUGACGUGAAAGGUGAUGCUGCUGAAGAAGGGGUAACUAGUGAAGAAUUUGAUAAGUUCCUGGAGGAGCGAGCUAAGGCUGCAGACACUCUGCCAUCUCCCCCAGGACCUAACCCUGCUAACCUCUCCCACCCCGCCCGUGCCCCGAGUGGCUCCCAUAAGAAGACUGAACGGACGGAAGAUGCCCUCUUUGCCUUGUAGACUGUUCUCAGAGGACCUCGGUUUCUCUCCAGGGCAUCUAAAGGUCUUGGCCCAAAAUGACCCCACCCGCCACCCUCCAAAACAAUCCUCCUAGUCCUAUUUCAUUGCUGACUGGCAUUGGUGUAGCAAGUGAUCUCCACCUCCUCGUUGUUAUCUUGCCAGAGUGUCGCUCUAACCAUCAGAGGUCCAACAAGUUUACUGCGCAUUACCGCGUUAUGUUUUACUGUAUAUGGAUGUAUUAAUCUGUCAGUGUGGGAUGUACUGCUCGCAGCCCUGCAUCUCAUUCCAUAACAUGCCACCAAAGGAGGACAACUUCACUUAACUGUCGUGUGGUUUAAAAAUGUGACACAUGACCGCGAGAUUACUGGGAAAUUUCUCUGAAGGUCUACUCACAGAGUCAGUAUGGAAGCAUUUAACUAGGAGUAUAUUGUGUUAUUUUACUACAUUUCAGCUAAAUGCUUAUUUAUGCAUUAAUUGUUUUAUUUUUUCUGUAUUAUAUACUGAUCGAUCAGUGCAUUUGUUAAGAGUUGUAGAUUUCUAGUUAUGCUUAAUACUGAGAUAUGUGUGGCAGGGCAGCACCUCUUAUUACCCAGUUUGCUUAAGGCACUGUAAUGAACAGUUUCAUGUUAGCAGGCUAAUUUUGCAAACUAGGAUUAUAAUAUUAGCUAAUCUCUUUAAAAUGUGUAUGCCAGCAUUCCUCUAACCAAAGGGAAUUAAGAAUAAUAAAAAUCAAAAAAUGUACUAGUUAGGAUUCACUCUUAUCUCGUAUCUAUUUCAGAUAGCUAAGGGGAAGGAAGAUGCUACAAGAAGUUAAUGUAGAAAAGUGCCGCAAACUGCAAACACUUUAAGCCAUUCCAAAGAAUAUUGAUGCUUUAAUGACCAACUAGUUCUUCAUUUUACCAAUUGAAAAAUAGUGACAUUCACAUGCUCAAAAUAAGUUGCUGGAUUGUCAAAAUUUUCCUUCCCCCUCCACCGCCGCGUUAAUGUCUGUGCACUUUGAAGCAAAAAAAAAAAAAAAUCUGUAUUUUGUCCUUUUGUGUUUACAAGAUGCUUACUAUUUUUCUAGGGGAUGGGAAAUGAUCUUAAGAAUGAGUUCAUUUUGCACAUAACUUUUCUAACUAUGUAAUUAGUGCGCUUGUUUGCCUAACAAGUGGAUAGAUGGACCAUUGGACUGUUGGAAAUUACAGAAAGAUGCAACACAGAAAUAAAGAUUUAAAUGUCAGCUUAGCACUGGCAACAUAAUCAUCUACAAGACAAGUGUGCUGUGGUAACAGAUGUAUUCACACAGGCAAAUCUUCACAUACUCCAUAGUAUUUAAUCAAUAUACCUCAAAAUACAGAAACUGUGGUUUCUGUAAAAAAAAUCUAUUGGCUCAUAAUAAUAUCAGGAACACUGAAAGGUUUAAGUAUUAUUUUGUUUUCCCCUUCUGUAUUUUUAUAAUUCAUGGUUAAAAAACAACAAAAAAGGGAAACGAACAACUGAUGUUUUUGAGGCCGAGGUUGAAGCGUGCGGGAAGCAAGCAUGAUUUUACUUUCUUUCUGAUUAUGUGCAGUCAAACACAUUACACUUUAUUUCCUGUGCAUUUUCAACCUGCUAUGAUUCAUCUGCUCUCAUUGGAGCUGUUGCCAAGCAUUUCUAUGACCGACUGAUUUCAGCAAAGUUGCUCUGCCGAGAAAGGUUUUGUCUUUGAUCUGAGGCAAAAUAGAAAACCCGUCUUAUUUGCAGCUCUUUUUCCAGUUCAUUUUAGCACUGCUCUGCACUUCAAAAAGAUUUUCUUUUUCUCCUUUCAGUCCAUUUAAGACCAAAAGCCUUGUUAAUCAGAGGCAGCCCAUUUGCACCUCAGUUGUAAAGCUUCUUGCUAACAUAGAUGCAAAGGUGACAUUAAAAAUGUAUUUGUGUAAUCAAUGUAUUUUAGAUUAAAAUAAUAAUAAUAAUAAUGAUGAGCUUUAAUUUUCUUUCAUGCUGUAUGGUUACACUUGGUUUUGAGGGUUUAUUAUCAUUGCCAGAUAGCAGAUAUAAAAACAUCUACCACGCAAGUUGAACAAGGACGAUUACUAAAAAUGUAACAGGAGAUUCUUUAAAGGGAACUUUGACAGUUUUCUGUUUGUGUGUUCUGUAUCUUUGCAUCUGUAACAGAGUGUAUUGUGUUAACUUGCUCUUAUGAAGCUUAAGUCCUGGUUGCAACAUGUAUUCCUCUAAAUUCUGGCUAUCUUUAAAGUGGUAACUGAAUGUCUUUAAUACCCGCGAAGUGGGAUAUUUAAGCUUGUGUUUUGUGGACAUGGAAUUGAGGCUUGUUUUCUAUCGGUGGGUGCUCCAUGUCUCUCUGGCUGUGCCGUCUGCUGCCAUUACUAAUGGUCAGAUUUGUAUUUGACCUAAUGCACGUAUGUAACUGCCCAAUAAAACACUAGCAGUGUGUGACCUCUA